AUGAACAAAUCAUCCCACUCUACCCAACUCAUGAGUAAGGGCAGAACUUCAAAUAACAUGCAGUUAGCCGAACUGUUGGUAUGGUGCUCGCUAAAUGGUUUUGUGGCCAUCCUAGCGGUUCUUGGUAACUCGUUCGUCAUAGCAGCAUUCAUGCGUUUCAAAAAACUUAGGACACGAACGAACUAUUUCGUGGUUGGGCUUGCAGCUGCGGAUAUUCUGGUUGGUCUCUUAUCGAUUCCAUUUUGGAUCACAACAACGGUUUCAAUUUGGCUUGAAAGUGUUUCUUGGAAGAAACGUUCCCUUUUAUACCGAGCUUUUAUCGCACUGGAUGUUUUCUCUGGUAUAGCGUCCAUCCUCCAUUUGUUAUUGAUAAGUUUGGAAAGAUUGUACGCUAUUGGCUGCCCUGUUAGGCAUCGAGUAUCCUCAACACGUUCCUACAUUCUGGCAGCAUCGUUAUCCUGGUGUUUAACGCUUAUUGUAACAGUUUUAUUCGCUGCACAGAAACAUUUUACUCAUUUUCCUCGUUUUUUCGUGUUACUAUUUUGCUUUCUCGUUCCUUUAAUUAUGAUAUGUUUUACUUAUAUCACGCUGUGGUUGCUUGUAAAGUUCCAGAAACAUGAUUCCAAUUUUUGGAACCGCCACAAAGAGAUAAAACUUAGCCUGACCAUCUUCUUUGUUAUUCUUCUGUUCAUUGCUGCUUGGACGCCUUUCAUGGUCAUAAACAUUGUCAUGUUUUUUUGUAGACAUUGUCUCAUUCCCAACAAGGUGGCUUACGCUUCCAAGCUUCUGCAUUACAGCAACUCAGCAGUAAACCCUCUGGUGUACGGAUACAGGCUGCCUGAAUUCAAAAGAGCCUUUAGAAUUCUUAUANAGUAA